UGGGGCGCGCUUCGCAAGGAGCGCGAGCCAGGACGCACGAGCCGGGCGAGCGAGGCGAGGAGGGCGAGCCGAGAGCGCGUCGCGAGGAAUGCGCCGGGUGCGCGUCGCUCCUCUCUCCCGCCUCCCACACAUCACAGGCGCCGCGAGGAGCGCGAGCCGUCGCGCGAGCCGAUGGCGCGAGUCGAGGGCGCGUCGCAAAGAGAAGGUGCGGGGAGGGGAGGAGGGCGAGGAGGGACGGCGUGGGGCUGCCGUGGAAGGGAAAGGGAAGGGGGAGGAAGGGGGAGAGGGAGGGGAAGGAGGGCGUGGAAGGAGGGCGUGGAAGGAAGGAAGGGGAAGGGGGGAGGGGGAGGGGAGAAGGAAGGGGGAGAGGGGAUAGGGGAGAUGGAGGAGUGGGCAGGACGGGUACGCGUCGCAAGGAGCGCGAGCCGGGGGGCGCGCGUUGUGAGGAGUGCGAGUCAAGGAGGGCGAGCGCGAACCGGGGAGCGAGCCGGGGGGCGCGUCGCCUGGAGCGCUAGCCGGGGCGCAUCGCUCGGAGCGCUAGCCGGGUGCGCGAGCCAGGACGCGCGUCGCAAAGAGAAGGUGCGGGGAGGGCCGCACGUCUCGGGGAUGAAGCAACGCGACGCGUCCGGUAGGGAACGCGCUCGACGCGCGGUGAGAGGGAAUGCGCUCGAGGCGAUGAGAGGGACUGCGCAGACGCGCGGGGAGAGGAGGUGCGCAGGGGACGCUGCUGAGGGGAAGCGGGCGAUCCCGAGUGGAUGCAGUCGGCACGUCCGGUGUGGACGCAAAUGAGGCGAUCCGGUGUGGACGCAAAUGAGGCGGUCCGGUGUGGACGCAAAUGAGGCGCCCGGUGUAGAUGCAGUCGACACGCCCGUGUGGAUGCCCACAACGCGGUGGAGGGGAGGCAGGCAGUCCGGUAAGAUGGAAAGAGCAGAGGAGGGGG